GCAGCACCUUUUAGUAUGAAAUGAGUCGGCCAGAUAAACGCAUCAUCAUAAUCGAAGACAUCGACAUCGAAGAUCGUCAAAUACGAUUGCGGCAAGACGCGGUGCAGUCACUGGAAGUGGUUCAUCAAUCGAAGCAAUGAAUAGCAACAAUUUGCAGGAAUGGUGGGAGAAUACAUAUCGACGUCACAAUAAUAACGGCAUCGAUACCACUGAGCUAUAUUACUCACUGCUCGAACAAAACAAUUAUGGCGGUAAUGGCGCAACUGUACCUGCAAAUAUCGGCGUCGCUGGAGGUGGAGGAUCGUCGUCAUCAUCAUCAUCAUCAUCGCAUGACUUCGAUUACGAUAACUAUGGCAAUUUCAGUUUAAACAAUCCUUAUGAUCUGGACGCUGCUGGCGGCGAUACGGAAAAUGCCAUAUCCUCAUUUACCCUACUCAUGCUUGCCAUUAGCUAUGGCCUUGUGGUCUUUGGCGGUGUUGUGGGCAACUCCACGCUAGUUCUCACAUUGUGCUCGGCAUCGUCGGUCCGUUUGCGGAAUCCUUUGCUCCUGGCCGUUUGCAUUGCAGAUUUACUGGUUACGGGUAUAUCAGCUCCAGUAACACUCUUGAAUUUGGCCAUGAAUCAAAGGACUAGAUCGCUUCCUCUACUAUUGUGCAAGCUCAUACACUACAUUCAGGUAAUGCCGGUGGCGGCCAGCACCAUUUCAUUUUUCAUGUUGUCGUUGGAUCGUUAUGCCACCGUUAAACAUCCCCGAUUGGCGCAACUGCGUCAGCGACGAUAUCUUCAUGUUUCCUUGGCCAUGCUCUCUUGGCUGGCAUCGGCUGCCAUUAGUACACCAUUUUUGUUUGCCUACAAGAUCAUAGCCAAAUCGGUCAUCAUAAAGGGAGCAACUGGAGGUGCUCUCAAUGGCGGUUCCACAAAUACAACACCACCGAAUCCAGUCAGCAUUAGUUGUACAUCUGAUCUUGGUGCCAAUGCCAUGUUCAUGUCAUUUAUCAUCUUUCACACGAUUGCGGUGUUUGUGUUGCCAGGACUGGGUGUCCUCCUGAAUCAUUAUGGAGUGCGCCGUAAACUAUGCGCCCUAUCAUUGACAGCUCGAGCAGCGCAUGGAGAAUUGCCACUGCCCAUGCCCAUACUGAGACGACAGACUCAUAUGGUUAUUGUGACGGGCUGCGCGAAUGCCCAACAGGCCGCCUGUGGUGGAGCCACCACCGCCGAUGAGACGUCCAAUGGCAAUGGAAAUGGCGGAGGAGGAGGUCCAAUUGCUGUCAGUCCUGGAGAUAUACAAUUACACAAUCUACAGACACGAUUGCCGGGAUCGGGAACAGCCUUGGAACCGGGCUCAUAUCGUUCUAGCAAUCCCAUAUCACCGAGAGCCAUGCGUGAGAUACGUGCCCAUUCGCAACGGCAACGAAUUCAUCGAUCUGGCGGCGGAGGUCGUGGCCCAGCCACUCCUGGGAUACCAUUGCCGCAGACCUCGACGUUGCGUUCGCGACGCCAUUUGGCCAACAUGUUAAUAGCAUCUGCCUUAAUUUUCAUCGUUUGCUGGGCGCCGCAUGUCUUUUGCAUAUUCUAUAAGAAUUUUGGUUAUAAGCAAUAUUGCAGCAAGUCUUCAGUCUACUUUAGUCUGUUGUUGGGCUAUUUCUAUUCGGCCAUUAGUCCGGUCAUCUAUUGGGCGCUAAAUCAUAAUUCGCUUCGACAAUCGCCGUGUGCGCCCAUUAUACGCCUACGCUCCAUGCAAAAUUUCCUGCGAUCGCGCUUUCGCUCGCAUACAGUGCCGCCGCCCCCCUCGUCCACAAAUGAGGCGGCUUUGGGGGCUUUCAAUCCAAAAUUGAUAAAGCUAACACCGAAACAGUAUAGAGCUCAGGCUUCUUCGCAUUAUCUCUACUAGUGUGAUACUAAACUAAACAGAAAAUUGAUAUACAUAUAUACAUACAUACUAUAUUACUAUAUAUAUAUACAUACAUACAUAUAUUUUUUACUUACCAAACAGCCCCUAUCCUCUUUUUAAACUUUCCCUCUCUCUCUCUCUCUAUCUGUCUAUCUCUAUCCCUUCGGUAACUUUCUCACAUUUUCACCGCCCUUUCGACUUUCAACUAUCUAGAUGUUCUUUAUGCAAAAAAAUUAGUUGUAAAAAGAAACACAAAAUGAUAACACAACAAAUUUCGGCUAACCGAAUUUUCUAUAGUAUAGUAUAUAACCUAGGAGUUGUUUUUCAAAAUCCCUUAAAACUAUCGAUUUACUUUCUGAAAACAAAUCUACAAGUCUACAAUUCUACUAAAAUUCUGUAGGAAACCAUACUAAAUAGUAGUUCUCAAUUU